CCAGGGGGGACGCCAGAGCCCGGGACCACGGCACGGAAGCGGCCCGGGGCUGAGCUCGCAGUCAGAUCCGGGGAUGGAGGGAGCUGGAGGAGAGGAGUGAGGAGGCCGGGGAGGGUGGCCCUGCUGUCCUCCUGGAGGCCAGCGGCCUGCUGGCGGCGGGGGAGCAGGCCGCGCAGGAAGGAGAGGGGUCAGGAGGUCGCCGAGCCGCAGCAGGCUCAGCGCAGGCCGAGAAGGGAGCUGCAGGCGCUGUGUAGCCGAGGGCUGGGGUUGGCCAAGGAGGGCCGAGGCCGGGCCUCUGGCGGGGACAGCGAGGCAGGGCCCGGCCCCGGGGCGCGGCCUAGACGCCGGAGCGCGCGGCCAGGGGCAGCCCGGGGGUCAAAGGCCGUUGGGGGUCUCGGGGUCUCAGGGAGUCGAGGGAGGCAGGGGGCUUCAGGUGCUGCCAGUCCCGAGCCGGAUUGGCGAGUUAUGCGCUUGUAGAUCCAGGGUUGGAUUGGGGUGGGGGUCUCAGGGACGGCGGCUGGCCAGGCGAGGAUUGGGGGGAUUCAAGUGCUUGGAGAUCGAAGCCAGGUCUUGGGUAGGGGGAGUCAGACAAUUGGCAAGCCUAGGCGGUUAUCUGGGGAGGGGUCUUCGCGCCUCGUCGGCUGGAGGCCUGCGGCCUGGCCCAGGGAGGCCGCUGGCGCGAGGGCGGGCCGGCUGGGCCGGGCCUGGAGGCGGGCGGGGGGCCCUGAGCGGGGUCACACAGGGUGAGCCAUGGCCACCAGGCGUUUAACCGACGCUUUCUUGUUGUUGCGGAAUAAUUCCAUCCAAAACCGGCAGCUGUUAGCCGAGCAAGUGAGUAGUCACACCACCUCCAGCCCUCUGCAUUCACGUAGCAUUGCUGCGGAGCUGGAUGAGCUUGCUGAUGACCGUAUGGCACUGGUGUCAGGCAUUAGCUUAGAUCCGGAAGCAGCCAUUGGCGUGACAAAACGGUCCCCUCCUAAAUGGGUGGACAGCGUGGAUGAAAUCCAGUAUGAUGUUGGCCGGAUUAAGCAGAAGAUGAAAGAAUUAGCCAGCCUUCACGACAAGCACCUAAACAGGCCCACCCUGGACGACAGCAGCGCAGAGGAGCAUGCCAUUGAGAUCACCGCACAGGAGAUCACGCAGCUUUUCCACAGAUGCCAGCGCGCUGUGCAGGCCCUGCCCAGCCGGGCCCGCAGGGCCUGCUCCGAGCAGGAGGGGCGGCUGCUUCGGAAUGUGGUGGCCUCCCUGGCGCAGGCCCUGCAGGAGCUGUCCACCAGCUUCCGGCACGCGCAGUCGGGCUACCUCAAACGCAUGAAGAAUCGAGAGGAAAGAUCCCAGCAUUUUUUUGAUACAUCAGUACCACUAAUGGAUGAUGGAGAGGAUAAUACUCUUUACGACCGGGGUUUCACAGAUGACCAGCUGGUGCUGGUGGAACAGAACACCCUGAUGGUGGAGGAGAGGGAGCGAGAGAUCCGCCAGAUCGUGCAGUCCAUUUCCGACCUCAAUGAAAUCUUCAGGGACCUGGGAGCCAUGAUUGUAGAGCAGGGUACAGUGCUCGAUAGAAUUGACUAUAAUGUUGAGCAGUCCUGUAUCAAAACUGAAGACGGCCUGAAGCAGCUGCACAAGGCAGAGCAGUAUCAAAAGAAGAAUCGGAAGAUGCUUGUGAUUUUAAUAUUAUUUGUCAUCAUCAUCGUCCUCAUUGUUGUCCUCGUCGGUGUGAAGUCUCGCUAAGUGGCGCUGGGUUCCCGUGGUGCCGCACACUCGGAUCUCCCACGCGUGAGGGGACCGGCCAUGCUGCUAGCUACCUGCAGGGGAGCAGCCUGCCUGUCCAGGGGACUCUCCCAGCCCUGCUCAGCCCAGGGCGUGAGCUUUGGUGUCUCCUUCACUGUCAGGAGCUUAGGACUUUGGAUACUGUUGCAGAAUAGAGGUUGAGUUCUGUGAUCAGUUAUAAUAUAUAUUUUUUUGGAAAGAGAAAAGGAAUUGGAUGUUGGCCGGCCUUGCAGAGCUGUUCAGUAUUACGUAUAUAUGCUAUUUUUUUUAGCAGUUGUGUCUGAGCAGCAUCAUGUUAAAAUAAUUUUUGGAAAAAAUUUUUUUAAAGCCAUGUGGUUUUUAAGAAAUUUGGUACCAAAAAUUUAUGAGUAGAGGCAAAAAUGCCUCUUCAUCUUUCUGUAUAUUUUCCAGUUGACAACAAACUGAGAAGUCCUUUAAGAAUUUAUAAUCCGUUCCCCAUUAACUUAAUUUAGCUUUUCCAUCACUGUUAACGAUCAGAGUAACAAAGUGUGAAAAAUAGAAAGCCAUCAUUGAUGUUAAUUAACACAUUUAGAUGGGCCAGUUCAAACAGCGUCAUAAGUUUAAAUUAAUUGUAAAUAGAGUAUGCCUCAUUUUACAUUUUUGCACUGUGUUUUCUACUAUAAACCAAAGGGGUUGCUAGGCAGAACCACCUACGUGCAGACGUUGGUGACGGGAGCCAAGCUCACUCGCGAGGAAGCUUGACGGUGGCGGAAAGUCAACCAGAUUGAGCCAGCGCGGCCCCUGCUCGUCCCCAGCUGGCCUUGCUCAGCCCAUUACUUACACACUAACCACAUAAUGACCUGUUCAAACCAAACUCCACUUAAUGAACUGUGAAUUUACACAGAGGCCAUUUUAAAUGGGUCACCCCAUUUAGGAUUAGUGGGUCUCAAAUUAUUAACCAAACAUCACUCCAUUUCAAAGUAAAAUAUUCCACCAGCGAUUUGAUUUAUCGGCUCUUCCAUCGCCACUUAGCAAUGCCCGGGAAGCAGGCCUGUUCCCAAGGAUGGUGAGAAUCUUGGGUAGGAAACCCCUCAUUGUUAGGGGUGCGGAUCAGGUCGCCCAGGUGAGACUGUUGUUUACCUGCCUAUGAUCAAUAUGGUGCUUGAAAACAUUCCCGGGACUGUGGAAUAACGGGGACUGUGACGGAAGUCACCCGUGUUCUUGGCCUUGUCUGAGGGGACACCAGACAGUUUUGAUGGUCCUUGUGUCAUUUUUGAUGGCUCUUCUCGUAAAAAGUUUAGGAAGAGCAUGACCUCAUGAACCUGUCACAUCUGAUUUGGACCAGCCGCAUACAAUGCCUUCCGUGUUGGCGCUGGCGUGGUGUCCAGGAGUUGGGUCCAGAGAGAACAUGGGCUGAACCCCAGGCCUUGCCUUGCCACCGCUCCCCAAGGGGCUUCUUCCUCCAGGCAGCCCCUGGUUUUCUUCCUGCUGAUGCGGCCGUGGAAUGGGAAGGACCUGGCUGGGGGCCCUGGCCGUUCAGGAACCGGGCUGGCAUCCCCGAGCAGACACGUGUUAGGGAAACGCACCGGGGUGCCGCCUCGAGUGUGGGGCGGUGACAGACCCCAGAGGACCGAGGUGUUCCCCAGGGUCAGCACGCCGGUCAGGCCGGCAGGCACGGCCACGGCCACGGCCAAGCUGGAUGACCUUUGGAGCUCUGGGAGACGCCGAGUCUUGGGGCCUUCCAGGAAAGUGGCCCUUUAGGAGAAGCUCGCCAUGGGUUCUGUUUAUUUUCAGCAGAUGGGGGUCUCCCCUCCCCAACCCACUUGUGCUGAGAAACUCACAGGGGUCCCGUGGGGUGGCAGAGGGGUCCCAGUCUGCCGGAAGCAGCGCGGGACCAGCUAUGGGCCAGCAGGGCUGGCGAGCCAAGGUGGGAACUGCAGGCCCCCGAGCUGCCCAGUGCCCUGUUGGGGCCCUCAGGCCCCCGUUUGUGGCUGUUGAGCCUGUACUUGGGGGAAGGUCACGAGCAGCCGGGCAAGAGAACGCGCACCUGGUAGCUCAGGUCGUGGCUUCCCUCCAAGUGAGCCCGCGGCGGCCACCGCGUCUGUGGCCACCGGGUCCCUGUUGGGCUGGGAGGUGACCGUCGCUCAGGCGGGUCUCCCCGGGCACGGCGCCCCCUGGACAGGCUCCUCAGGUGGCGCCAGUGGAGUGGCGCUGGGAGGAGAAACAGGAAGGUGCCCGCAGGUCCCCGGAGCGCCUGACCUCUCCCCGGAUUGCGAGUGAAACUGCUGUCUCUUGUUUUGUGCGGUUGGGGUGGGGGUGCUGGCUGGGCCGUGCCUGGGAAGCAGUGUGCGUCUCUAAUUUAACGGAUUUACCGCUUUCUCUGCUAAUUGAGAGAGCAUUAUUUAUUUGUUUUGACACAAGUGCUUUCAGUGUUUUAUUCCAGCUAAUGGCUUCUUAAAGGUAAUAAAACCCUUCCAACCUAAUUGGUCAGAUAAGAUUUUUUUCCUUGUAUGCUUAAAUAAAGCAAUUAGUGAAGCGCCUCUAUCCAAAAUGACUUUUUUUGUCCUUUUUAAAAAACUAAUUUACUGUUACUGGAAACUUUUUGUACAAUAAAGCAAUCAUGCAGAUGAAAGAA